CACUGAUCCCUCCUUUCAGUAUAGACUGCAGUUUACAUUAGGCAGCAUAUUUUUUUUUCUGUCAGCGGGAUGAAUAUUUCAUAAAUAGCUGGCGUUUAUAGAGGGGUAGUGGAUGCAUGUUUAGCAAUGCGAUGAGGCCAGUGCACUUUGCAAGACUUGCGCUGCAGAGAGCCUCCGCGGAUCCCACGACCUGUUGCUGACAAGCCGGGGAAAAGGAGAGGGAGAGGGGGAGCCGCUCGGGAGACACAGAGGGUUACUGCCUUGGAGACGACAGCCCGGGUUUCUUCGCGGAGGAAAUCAUGCAGUUUGCAAUCUGGCUGGUUGGACUAAUGUGUCAUCUGUCAGCGCUUGUCCGGGACACUUUGCAACACCGAUUGCAUCCGAAACAAGAAAGCUUCAUCAAGCAGCUGUCAUCGUAUGAAAUCAUCACCCCGCUCCGUGUGAAUGACUUCGGAGAAUCAUUCCCGCACAAAUUGCACUACAGGAGGAGACGGAGAAGUUUAAAUGAGGACCUGUCGGGCUUACGGGUUCACUACAGGAUUGAUGCAUUCGGGGAACGCUUUCAUCUCAAUCUGACCGCAGACUCCAGCUUCAUCGCCCCCUCUUACACAGUGACACACUUGGGAGCGGAACAGAGCAACGACACGGACACCCACUUCCAUGACCCGAGCGAUAUGCGCCACUGCUUUUUCCGCGGACAAGUCAACGCCAGGGACGGAUAUCCUGCCGUCUUCAGCCUGUGCACUGGCCUUAUUGGAACGUUUACGACACAACAUGGUGAAUACUUCUUGGAGCCUCUUUUAAAUGCUGCAGGGGAGGAAUAUGACGAAGAACACAACAAACCUCAUCUUGUCUAUCGACACGAGAGGAAGAAGAACAUCUCACACACCGACAACAGCGCAGAGCCCUGUGCUGCCUCAGCAGAGAACUCCAAGAGGCCGGUUGCUUUUGAGAGCAGAGGGAGUAUGGGAGAGGAGCUGAACUCUCUCAGAGCCACAAUAGAUGAUCAACGCAUUUUUGACAACAACUCCACGAGCACACACCCCAAAUCCCCACGCAGACGCAAGCGCUUCCUCUCCUACCCUCGCUACGUUGAGCUGAUGGUGACGGCGGAUGCCAAAAUGGUGCGUCACCAUGGACGCAACCUAGAGCACUACAUCCUAACAAUCAUGUCAGUAGUAGCAGCAGUGUACAGAGACCCCAGUGUAGGAAACCUCAUCAACAUCAUGAUUGUCAAGCUAGUCGUCGUCCACAAUGAACAGGAAGGGCCCACAGUGAGCUUCAAUGCCGCCACGACUCUCCACAACUUCUGUGUCUGGCAGCAGAGCCAAAACAUCCAGGAUGACAGCCAUCCCUCUCACCAUGACACGGCACUCCUUAUCACCAGAGAAGACAUCUGCCGUGCGAAAGAUAAAUGUGACACAUUAGGGCUCGCGGAGCUGGGGACAAUGUGCGACCCGUACCGGAGCUGCUCCAUCAGUGAGGAAAAUGGAAUUAGUGCCUCCUUCACCAUCGCUCAUGAGCUGGGCCAUGUGUUCAACAUGCCUCACGAUGACAACCCAAAGUGUCGGGAGGCGGGCAUGAAGCACCAGUAUCAUGUCAUGGCUCCCACGCUCAACUAUGACACCAAUCCCUGGUCGUGGUCCAAGUGCAGCCGCAAGUACAUCACAGAGUUUCUAGACACCGGCUAUGGAGAGUGCCUUCUUGAUGAACCUGUAGGCAGGACGUACGAGCUGCCGACCCUCCUCCCUGGUCAAAUCUACAAUGCCAACAGGCAGUGUGAACUGAUGUUUGGACCCGGUUCCCAAAUUUGCCCUUACAUGAAACAGUGCAAGAGGCUGUGGUGUACCAGUGCAGAGGGGGACCAUAAAGGAUGUCGCACACAGCACAUGCCACUGGCUGAUGGGACUGACUGUGGACAUGGAAUGUACUGCAGACACGGGAUGUGUGUAAACAAGGAGUUGGACCUGCAGCCAGUCCACGGGGAGUGGGGUCCUUGGGGACCCUACAGUGUUUGCUCCAGGUCCUGUGGUGGAGGAACCCGGAGCACCUCCAGAGACUGCAACAAGCCUGAGCCCAGAAAUGGCGGGAAGUUCUGUGUGGGUCGCAGGAUGAAGUUCCGCUCUUGCAACACUGAGCCAUGUCCGCGAGGACGGAAAGAUUUCCGCGAAGAGCAGUGCUCUCAGUUCGAUGGCAAGCACUUCAACAUCAACGGUCUACCUCCCACCGUCCGCUGGGUCCCCAAGUACAGUGGCAUACUAAUGAAGGAUCGCUGUAAGCUCUUCUGCCGGGUUGCUGGGACUAUGGCGUACUAUCAGCUGAAGGACCGCGUCAUCGACGGCACGCCAUGUGGGCCAGAUACUUACGACAUCUGUGUUCAAGGCCUCUGCAGGCAAGCAGGCUGUGACCACGUUCUCAACUCAAAGGCCAGGAAUGACAAAUGCGGAGUGUGCGGCGGCGACAACUCAUCGUGCAAAACCCUGGCAGGGACCUUCAACGACGCUCAGUACGGUUACAACACAGUGGUGCGGAUCCCAGCCGGAGCCACCAACAUUGAUAUCAAACAGGUCAGCUACUCUGGAAAGCCAGAGGACGACAACUACCUCGCAUUAUCCGACAGCCAGUCCAACUCCCUCUUAAAUGGGAACUUUGUAGUGGCCAUGUUUAAAAGGGAAAUCACCUUCAAGGGAACCAUCAUCGACUACAGCGGCUCGGACACAAAAGUGGAGCGCAUCAACUGCACUGACCGCAUCGAGGAGGAGCUCAUUCUGCAGGUCUUGUGUGUGGGAAACCUCUACAACCCAGAUGUCCGUUACUCCUUCAACAUACCCAUCGAGGAACACAGGGAGCAGUUUGUGUGGGAUCCCUCAGGUUCCUGGCUCGAGUGCAACCGCAUCUGUCAGGGUGAGCGGAGACGAAAGGCCGUGUGUGUGCGUAAGAGCGAUCACCUCGAGGUAUCGGACCAGCGCUGUGAACAUUUACCUCGUCCUUUUGCUGUUGCUGAGCCCUGCAACACUGACUGUGAAGUCAGGUGGCAUGUCGCUGGAAAGAGUGAAUGUUCUGCUAAAUGCGGCCCAGGCUACCGCAGCCUGGAUGUUCAGUGUAUGAAGUACAGCCUGAUGAAGAGACAGAGUGAGAGGAUGGAGGCCAGCGCCUGUGGAGACUCCGCUAAACCUCAGACCAGAGAGCCCUGCCAUGGGGACUGUCUGCUCAAGAGCUGGCAGUACAGCGCCUGGUCACAGUGCUCUAAGACCUGUGGACGCGGGAGCCGCAGCAGAGAGUCUUACUGUAUGAACAACCUGGGUAGACGGCUGGUGGACCGGGACUGCAACGAAUACCAGAGGGUGGUCACUGAAGGCUGCAACGAGCAGCCGUGUCCGAAGUGGACUGUUAGCGAGUGGAGUGAGUGCCUGGUGACUUGUGGGAAGGGGAUGAGGCACAGACAAGUGUCCUGCAGCAUGGGACCCGGGGAGGAAAAGCUGAGCGAGCACUUCUGCGACCCAUCCAGCAAACCUCCUGCUGUAGGGAGCUGCGAGCUGCCCGAGUGUGCGUCCUGGCAGGUUGGCGUCUGGGGAGCGUGUGCGGUGACCUGUGGCCACGGCUACCAGAUGAGAGCUGUUAGGUGCGUGUCGGGGAACUAUGGUGACACGGUAGAUGACAGAGAGUGCAAUGCUGCGGCGAGGCCCAGAGACAGCCAGGACUGUGAGAUGCCAGCAUGUGCCUGGGCCUCUCCGGUGCAAAGCACACCUCGUCCUGACAACUCCGCUCAGCUCCUGACUCAGUGGAGAUACGGCUCCUGGACUGCGUGCUCGGUGUCCUGCGGCAAGGGGAAGCGGGCGCGUUAUGUGAGCUGCAGAGAUGCCCAAGGAGGAGUGGCUGACGAGUCGCACUGCACCCACUUGCCCAGGCCCCCGGAGUCCUCUGCCUGCUUCAGCCCGUGUGGCCAAUGGCGUGCCGGGGAGUGGUCUCCUUGUUCAGUGACCUGCGGCGUUGGGAGAACCACCAGACAGGUGGUGUGCUCUAACUACCACCAGCCAGUGGAUCAGUCUUUCUGUGACCCGGAUGAGAAACCUGCGACAGAACAGGAAUGCACCGCUGUACCCUGCUCCUCCAUCUACCACCGUCAGCGCAUCAACGACCAGCCCUACGGAUAUCCUCAGGACCCAGGGCGCCAUCCUGGGCACAGCAGCUGGAAUGUGCCCUCAGCAGACAACCAGUGGAGGACCGGACCCUGGGGCGCAUGCUCCAGUACCUGUGCAGGAGGCUUCCAGAGGCGAGUGGUGGUCUGUCAGGAUGCCGAUGGACGCAGCAACAGCUACUGUGAUGAGAGGGUUAAACCUGCCGAGUCUAAGGGCUGCGACUCUGGACCCUGUCCUUUGUGGAACUACGGCGUCUGGGGAGAGUGCACCCAGACCUGCGGUGGAGGAAGGAGGACCCGCCUGGUGGUUUGUCAAAGGCCCAACGGCCAGAGGCUCAACGACUACAACUGUGACAUCCUCGACAAGCCGCCCGACAUGGAGCAAUGCAACCUGCAGCCCUGCCCAGGCUCUGCCUCCUGGCACCGCCGACCAUGGAAGCCGUGUUCAGUGAGUUGUGGUCGGGGGACCAAGCAGCGGGAGAUAGCCUGUGUUUAUCAGAACCAAACCAAAAUAGAGGAGGAACACUGCAGUCAUCUGCCUCGGCCUCGGACACAGAAGGCCUGUCGGGCGCGGGGAUGCCCCACUUGGAAGGCCAACAGGUGGAGGGAGUGUUCUGUCACCUGUGGAGUCGGAGUCCAGAACCGAGAUGUUUACUGCAGACUGAAAGGCACUGGACGGGUCAGAGAGGAUCUAUGUGAUGCUCAACAGCGUCCUGCCGUUGUCCGGCCUUGCCAAACUGCAGAAUGCACACAUUACUCUUGGGUUGCUGGUGAAUGGGAAGAAUGUAAUGCAACCUGUGGAGAAGGCAUGAGAGGCAGGAAGGUGGGAUGCAUCGGCCCGGGGAUGACACCCGUCCAGGAGGAUUACUGUGAGCCAUCGUCCCAGCCACCAUCACACCAGCACUGCAAAAGAGCUCCCUGCCAUUACAUGUGGAUUACAGGGGAAUGGUCACAGUGCUCUGCCAGCUGCGGUGUGGGCUACCAGCAGCGUAUAGUCUCCUGCUCCAUGAUGCCCUCCUCUCAGGCUCUGCGCCCGUACACCGCUGCUGCUGCCCAGUCCUCCUCUGCCAGCACCCACUGCCCCGAGCCCCACCCUCCUGGCGCCCGGCCCUGCCUCCUCAGGGACUGCCCGCACACAACCUACUGGAAAGCUGGCCCGUGGAGCAAGUGCUCGCAGACCUGCGGGGCGGGAGUGAUGGAGCGCAGAGUGGAGUGUGUGACGUCCAAAGGCCAACCGUCCAAACACUGCCGUCCUUCAGAGAGACCUGAGUCCAAGGCUGCGUGUCAGGAUAGAGAAUGCCAGUUGUUCGCCUCCUGCCGAGACGUCCAGAUGAGACUGGGUGUGAAGAUAGAUGGGGAGUACUAUCUCAAAGUCAAGUCCCGGAUCCUACAGAUUUACUGUGCUGAGAUGCAGACGGAUUUUCCCAAGGAGUAUGUGACCUUGCGCAGUGGUCAGACAGACAACUACUCAGAGGUGUAUGGGCACAGGUUACUGAACCCAUUUGAAUGUCCGUACAACGGCAGCAGAAGACAGGACUGCGACUGCAGGAAUGACUACUCAGCAGCGGGAUACACACUCUUCCACAAAGUUCGUGUGGACCUUGGCUCCCUGAGGAUAAUGAUCACAGACCUCCAGUUUUCCCAGACUCUUCAUGGUCGACCUGUGCCCUUUGCUACAGCGGGAGAUUGUUAUAGUGCAGCCAAGUGUCCGCAGGGCCAGUUCAGCAUUAAUCUGAUUGGCACUGGUCUCAAAGUGGCUGAGGCCACCAAGUGGACAUCACAGGGCAACUAUGUUUCCGUCAAAGUCCACAGAUCUGAGGAUGGAACAAGAAUCUACGGCCGCUGUGGUGGUUUCUGUGGGAAGUGCAUUCCCCAAGCUCACAAUGGCCUACUCCUUCAAGUCCACUGAGGGCCAUGCAGAGACCAAACCCCCCUAAAUCUCUCCUGAAGACAGUAGCCCAGGAACACGCAAUAACAGUGAUCUGUUGGACCACGUCGUCAUCUGUGAGUGUGGCGGAGGAGCAUUUAACAGCAAUCAUCCCACAGUAACAUCCCCAGUUUCCUAAUGGCAGCUAAAGCAUUCAAGACACUACGUACUGUGCAGUACUACAGGACCACUGUCGGGUCCUUCAUCCAAACUGCAAACUCUGAAGAAGAGCCAGCUAGAUUUGCAUGCCAACAGUGUUGCAAUGGCUAUCAAACACGUCUGCGCUUUGGAACCUAAAAUGAUUUUUUUUUCUGACACUGUUUUGCUUUUUAUUUUAGCAUUAUACAAAGGGAUACAAAACUUCAAAACACUGAGAAAGCAUCUACACAAACAGUUCAAAAAACUCAGUACUUAAAGGAAGAAAUUCUCAUCUUUAAAAAACAUUUUUUUCUCUUCUGUGAAGUGUAUUCUGUAAAAAAAAAAAAAAAAAAAAAGCCAGAAUUUUGGCAUGAAGUACCUGGAACUAAUCUUGUUAUAUGUGGAUUUCCACGGUACAUAGAUAUUUAUUUUUACAGCUACACUGUAAGUAUUUAGUUGCAACUUAUCUAACUGAAUUGCAAUGAAUGAGACAGUAUAAAAAUCAUUGCAAUCUUCUGAUGACAAAGAAGUGCUACAGACUCUGCAAUAGUAUGUGAGGGAUGGUUGUGUUGUUGUUUUACAGGAUGACAACCAAUAGGCUGAUGUUAAAAAGAAGUAAUUCAAGAACACUGUAUUUUUCUGAGACUACUAAAUGAGCUACACUGCAGAUCAUCUUGGCCUAACACAAGUUUAAAGGAAUAAUUUGACAUUUGUGCUUAUUUACUUUUUUUGUUGAAAGUGAGAUGAGAUAAAUGUGAGGUAACCACUAGCAGACGAUUAGAUUAGCUUAUCACAAAGACUAGAAUCAGGAUGAAAUUGAUAGCCCGGCUCUGUCUAAAGAUAACAAAAUCCGCCCACCAGCAGCUCACAAAUGAACAUGUAUCCGAUUUGUUUACUCUGUACAAAACCAAUGUGUAGUAGUUUUAGAGGGGGUAAUAGGCCAGGCCAUUAUGUAAACCAUAGACUGUGUAUAUAGAUGGACGAUGCGUCUCCACUUCUUCCAGCUGUACAAAAAUGAAGCCGAAACAUCCCAGAUAGGGGCGCUGGUGAUGUCAUUUCCAGGAGUGGAGCCAUGGUGUCAAGCUCCCGCCCAUACACUCAUACACCAUUGGCAUGACACAGAUUGACACAUACAGCUGUCAAUCAUGACCCCAAAUCCCCUUUUCCUUAGCAUAACAACUAAUUAAAAAACAAACUUAUCUGAAAAACGAACACUUGAAUAUACAUCAGCAUGAUAAGAACCAUCUAAAAUGACAGAAACCUUUUGGAAAAGUUUAUUUCAUGUGUACGCAUGUCCUAUCUGUUAGCACAGAGGGGGUGGGGUUUAUGACCUAUACUGCAGCCAGCCACCAGAGGGCGAUUGAGAUGGUUUGGUUUCACUUUCGGGGCACUGUCCUGUUUUCCAUCUUUAUAUACAGUCAGAACAUAUACAGCUUAUAUAAAAGCUUCAAAGUUGUUAGGUAUAUUCCUACAGUCUUGACAUCACACAUGAGGUUACCAGGGAGCAAACACUCAAGGAAGUGACUGUACCUUUAGUCCGGCAUCUGCACAGGGCCCCAGGAAGUGCAUCUAUGAAGCCAUUUUCUGUUGAAGCCAAACAGUGGAAUUACAGUUUCCAAGUCUGUCAUGUGAUGCCAUUGGGCCAAAAAGGUUUUUUCCCUAAGACUUAGGUUUCUAAGAAUUUGAUACAUUUGGUCCAACAACAUUUGGAAAGUCGAGAACCAGAAGUAGCCAGGUACAGCGAUGUGGAAGAGAUGCCAGUCAUCCUUGUAAUUUUAUACCCGGCAGUUAAACAUUUUUGGCUUCAUGCACCACUGAGCUAACCUGGAAAUCCAGAUGCCCCGCCCCUAGCAAAUUCAAAUUUGCCCUGCACGGGGAUCUGGCC